ACGAACGAGUUCCUUUGUAUAAGUUUGGAUCACAAGCUUCCGUAAACUCAACUUAGAAAUGGAAAAACUGAUCGUUGUCACUCUUCUCUUCUUCCUCCCCUUGUCGUCCGCGAGAUUUUCAAUUUACGAUGAAUUUCAGCCCGAUAAUUCCAUAAGAGAGCUUAAUUUAUUUCCUAAGAAGUCUGUCAACAUAAUCAAUGGCUCCGAUAAUGGCGAUUUUUCUCACGAUGGCCCAAAACUCGUCGAGAGGAGAUUCAAAUUCCCUAAUUUCUACGAUCCUAAGGAUGCUAAUGUUGAAGAGUUGGGCCAUCAUGCUGGUUAUUUUCAGAUUGAACACGCUCGUAAUGCCAGGAUGUUCUACUUUUUCUUUCAAUCACGCAACAGCAAGGAAGACCCAGUUGUUAUCUGGUUAACUGGAGGGCCGGGUUGCAGCAGUGAGUUGGCUCUUUUUUAUGAAAAUGGACCAUUCAAAAUCGCAAACAAUAUGUCCCUUGUAUGGAAUGAGUAUGGCUGGGACCAGGCUGCCAACCUCAUCUUUGUUGACCAGCCUAUUGGGACUGGAUUCAGUUAUACUACUGACAAGCGUGACAUACGGCAUGAUGAGCGAGGAGUCAGCAAUGAUUUGUAUGACUUUUUACAGGCAUUUUUUACUGAGCACCCAGAUUUUGCAAAAAAUGACUUCUACAUCACUGGAGAAUCGUAUGCUGGCCACUACAUUCCUGCCUUUGCUUCUUGUGUUCAUAGCAAUAACAAAGCUAAGAAAGGAAUCCAUAUCAACCUCAAGGGUUUUGCUAUUGGGAACGGGCUGACUGAUCCUGCAGUGCAAUACAAAGCUUAUCCUGAUUAUGCACUGGAGAUGGGGUUGAUCAAGAAGUCAUCCUACGACGUGAUCAACAAGAUUGUUCCUGUGUGUGAAAUAGCAAUAAAACUCUGUGGUACAAAGGGUACAGUCUCCUGCUUGACAUCAUAUGUCCUAUGCAACACUAUAUUUACAAGCAUUAAAUUGCUAACUGGUGAUACUAAUUAUUAUGAUAUCAGGAAGAAGUGUGAGGGUAAACUCUGCUAUGACUUCUCAAACAUGGAGAAGUUCUUAAACCAGGAAUCUGUUAGGACAUCUCUGGGUGUUGGGGACAUUGAUUUUGUGUCCUGCAGCCCCACUGUGUAUCAGGCGUUGCUCACCGAUUGGAUGAGAAAUCUUGAGGUUGGCAUCCCAGCACUUCUUGAGGAUGGAAUUCAGUUGCUUGUAUAUGCUGGAGAAUAUGAUCUCAUCUGCAAUUGGCUUGGUAACUCAAGAUGGGUACACGCUAUGGAUUGGAGUGGUCAGAAUAAUUUUGUAGCAUCAUCUGAGGUUCCAUUUGAAGUGGAUGGUUCUGAGGCAGGAAUAUUGAAGAGCCAUGGCCCUCUAAGUUUCCUCAAGGUUCAUGAUGCUGGACACAUGGUUCCCAUGGAUCAGCCAAAGGCAGCCUUAGAAAUGCUGAAGAGAUGGACCCAGGGUUCACUAUUGUCACCAACUUCCUUGCCUGAAGAUCUUGUUGCUUCCCAAUGAUUGCCUCAGUUCUGCUCUCAUAACUUUCAGCAGUGCCAGCAGUGCCAGCAGUGCCUGUAUAUUUUCUGUGGCAUGAAAAAAUGGUGUCCAUAGUCUUUCCAAAGUUCUAAUUGUGCAUUUGGUUGGAUAUAUACUCCAUCUGUGCAAAAAAUACGCGACUAUUCGACUUUAUAGUGACUUAGAAAUGAUUUAAGCAUGCGUACUUUGGUUGUGUUUGUACUUUUAAAAAAAUGAGGUAAGAAAGAAUCCUAUGAGCUACCUUCGCACAGGGUUCCUACCUAGAGGUCCAUACAUCCCAACUCUCCUUAAAUUACAAGCAAAGAGUUGGAACCUUAUACUUCGCUGUUGAAGAUGGGAAAACUCACCACCUCCAAUUAUUAAGGGUUAUAUUUAUAUUUGGUAAGUCUAUAACUAUGUAUAUUUCCCUUUGUUUUUUUAAAAUACCAAACUAUGUUCAAAAUAACAAUGUGUUUUUUUUCUUUGGAUACAAUGAUUUUACACUCUGUGUUUUA